CCUCUCCUUCCAUAUCCUUCACCACACCUUUCUAUCUAGCUAUAUCUCCCUGCUAAAUUAUACUUAACUUCCUCUCUAUCUCUCCAACACUAAGUAGCUAGCUAGUACUCUAAAGUACGUACUCCAUGGCCACCACAACCACUAGCACCCUCUUCAUGACCAUCCCCUCUUCCUCCUUCACUCGCCGAAACACCUCACUGAUCUCACUCCGUCCAUUCCCGGCCACUUCCAAGCUCUUCGGCCUCGACCAAGCGCGCGGCGGCCGUGUCACUUCCAUGGCCGUGUAUAACGUCAAAUUACUCACUCCAGAUGGCCCUGUAGAAAUACAGUGCCCUGACGAUGUGUACAUCAUGGAUUGUGCUGAGGAACAAGGUAUUGACCUACCUUACUCGUGCCGCAGUGGCUCUUGCUCUAGCUGUGCCGGCAAGGUUGUCGAGGGAGUGGUCGACCAAGAAGAUCAAAGCUUUCUUGAUGACGAACAGAUGGAGAAUGGCUUUGUUCUUACUUGCAUCGCUUUACCCAGGUCUAACCUCGUCAUUGAGACUCACAAAGAAGAGGAAAUAGCGUGAGCUUAAUUAUAUAUUAUUACGAUAUAUCAUCUUGCAUGCACCCUUCAGCAGCAAUGUUGUAUUUUUCUUUUUCUUUUUUUUUCUGUGUUAAUUUCCUCUGUUUUUUUUAAAACAAUAUUUAAUGUGUGGAGUCUGCACUUUGGAGUAGAUAAAUUGUUUGGAUGUGAUUUGUGUUUGGUGGAGACUUUGAGUUCAAAUCAUUCAUCUACUGUUCCUCUU